AUGCAGAGGUGGGAGCUGUGGGCCUUGGCCACCAUGACCCUCCUCUCUGCACAGGCCUUUCCACAAGCAGACAUCAGUAUCAGCCCAGGAAAGCACAGGGCCAUGCCAGAGCUGCCCCAGGCUUCCCAGUGCCCACUGUUCUGGACGGAGUUCAAAGGCCACUGCUAUCGAUUUUUCCCUCUCAAUAAGACCUGGGCCGAGGCUGACUUCUACUGUUCUGCAUUCUCCAUUGGCUGGAAGUCCGCCAAACUGGCCUCCAUCCACAGCUGGGAGGAGAACGUCUUUGUGUAUGACCUUGUGAACAGCUGUGUUCCUGGGAUCCCAGCUGACAUCUGGACAGGGCUUCAUGACCAUAGACAGGAAGGGCAGUUUGAAUGGACUGAUGGCUCAUCCUAUGACUACAGCUACUGGGCUGGGAGCCAGCCAGAUGAUGGCAUCCAUGCCAGGCCAGGAGAGGAGGACUGCGUGCAGAUGUGGUACCGGCCCACCAGCGCUCUGAGGUCAUGGAAUGAUAACACCUGCAGCCGAAAGUUCCCCUUUGUCUGCAAGAUUGCAUCUCUGACCAUUCACUGA